AUGGCGCGCGAGUUCCCGGGAAGGGUUCCCGGGGAGGAUGGAACGUUGAUCGCCUACCGCGGUCGCCGUCCGGGCGCGCGCGCGUCGGGCGUCACGGUGUUCGUGAACGGGCUGAGCAAUGAAAAUUUCCAGCUCGUGCGCCUCGCGGACGAGUGCGUCGCGCGCGGGCGAUGCGCGCUGGAGUUUGAUUUCAGAGGGCACGGGUGCAGCGAGAAUCCACGCGAUUACGCCCUCGUGAGCGCGAAAGCGUUCGCGAAGGAUGCGUGGGCGUGCGUCGAUGAGUUUUGCUCGAGGAGCGGCGUCGAGCGCGAACGAGACGUCGAUUUGGUGUCGUACUCGUACGGCACGCAGGUGGCGCUCGAGAUGAUUCGAUGCAGACCUGCUGUCAUUCGUUGUCACGUGAGCUUGCUGGGGACGCCCGAGCGCAUUCUCGACGGGCUCGUCGGGCGUCGAGGCGCCGACGUCGUCGUGUCCAUCGCGAAACGCGUCGUCGGUUUGAAAGCAACGAGCGCCGUCGUCGGGGCGUCGCUUCGCUUCGCGGCGACGUUUCCUCGAUUUGUGUGGGCGCUGUCGCGAGUGCUGGGCUAUUUGAAGAGUUCAUACGCGGCAUUCGCGCCGUUUUUCGCGCAUUUGAGCCGCCUGGACGCCGAGUGUUGGGUGCACUGCGUCGUGGACGGCCACGAAAACGGCGCGAUGGAUGUUUUGAAGGAUGCGAAUCGGACGUGGUAUUGCGGCAUGAUUGAGGGUGACUGUGAUUUUGCCGCGCCGCGUCGCGUGGUGCGCUCGUGGGAACGGUAUUGUGAUUUUUUCGUCAUCCUUCCGGGCGUCGCGCACGACGGCUUGCGCAGUCACGGCGACGAAAUUGCGGCGCUCGUUCGCGAUGUUUUCGAGCGCGCCGAAGCUUCUAAAGCUAGUAGCUCUAAUAUGUAG